GUCGACACCAACAACCAACAAACUUGAAGCUUAGUUCUUUCCAUACCGAACAGUAAGGUCGUUUGAAGCAAAAUUGGUGACCAAGACACAGUUUUCGUUUUGUUUUCUUGUUUUUGGCUCCUUUUCCGCAAUAGAGACAGCGACAUGUAAGAUGCCACCCCAAUUCGCUGGCUUUGCUUCCAGCGGCGAGAGAACGACAGCAACAACGACGUCCUUUGGACUCCUGGACUUGUUUCUGGGAACGACCGGAAUCCGGACUCCCGAUGCCGCGUGGGAGUUUCUCACCGCACGGGAGCUCGCCAAUUUGCGCUGCAUCUCGAAGUCCUAUCGCGAGAACCUCGAGCGGCGCUUCGAAUACCUCUGCUGCCGCGACGGAAGGGACUAUAUCGUUCCCUUUCYCGGGUUUCCGGGCCUUUUGAGACACGCCGAGGGAGAAAGCGCCACCCCGACGGGCACCGUUGCCAACGGAAACUCGGUCUCCCGGAACGAGCACAACCGGGCCGGCUUGUACCCCCACCAGCUGGCGAGCCUGCGUGCCAUGCACGAGCUUGAAUCGAGGACGGAUGCCUUCGGAGCCCUCCGGGGCGGGGUUCUGGGCGAUGCCCCGGGCCUCGGUAAGACGAUCACCACCCUGGCCCUCCUCUCGUCGACGGCCGGGAGGCGUCCACUCGAUCCUCCCGAAUUCUGGGACUCGGACGGGAUCAAGGAGGGCUGGAGGGCGAUGCGGGGGAAUCCCGCGGCUAGGGAGGAGGUCCUCCGUUGCCUGAAACCAGUCCGGCACGUUGUAUCGAAGGAGGAGCUCGACUACCUUUCUCCGCCCUAUUUUGAGCCCGGAUCUCUGCGAAAACGGCAAGCCAACACGUACCCCAACCGGGAGGAUCUCUUUCCCUCCCUCGAGAGUUUUCGGAAACACCUGCACAAGCUGCUGCGGGGAAAGGGAUUUAUCCGCCCCAGAGCCAGUCGCUCGGAGUGGGAACUGGUCCGACAGAACCUCAAGGGGCUGCAAAUGGGCAUGGACAAGCGGAACCGAAAACUCAURGCCUCGAAGGAAGGGAGGCGUCUUACGUGGGAGAGGCAACUCAUCCCCACGACCGCCACGCUGCUGGCCGUACCAGACGCCCUCUUUGAGCACUGGUUCCAGCAAAUCCGGGAGCACCUCUGUCUGUCGGUCUUUGCCGAGGAYGGGGGCUGGGGGGACACGAAGACCGCAGAAGCAGUGCCUAGAGGGGUAGUCUACCUCGACGGCCUUGGGGAUCUCGCCGAUGUCACCACAGGAGCAAAGGCUCUGAAAAAUACAUCCGCCCUAACGGAACCGGUCCUGAAUGCAGCGGGUCUCUCUGGCUACCUGAUUGUUAUUGUGACUUUUUCUCGCUGUCGAAGAGAUUUUAAAUCGGAGCACGAUAGUAUGAGCCAUAACGAUGACAAGAGCAGAGCCGGCACAAAACGCAAACGAUGGGGUUGCUGUGCUGCCGAAGCGCUAGCAAGAAUAGGAAGAACCACACAGYCAUCCUCGCUCCUGCAGCUGCGUUGGCUGCGGUUGAUGGUGGACGAGGGCCACCAGCUAGAGACAGACGACGCGCUAGCCAAAUUCAUCCACAAAGUGGCGGCAGAACGACGAUGGGUGAUAAGCGGGACCCCGUUGACGGGGAACGAAGACAAUCCGGAAUACAACAGCGCUGCGCUGGAUCAGCUGCAGAGGAUUCUCUACUUUUUGCGCCAUCCGAGGUAUGGUGUCUCCAAAUCGGAAGAUGUAGUGGAAGCCUGGGAAACGGAGGUCAAGAAGCCCUUUCUUGCCCGACAGAGCCGGGAGAAAUUACUUGCUGUGUUGAGAGAAAUCAUGGUCAUGCAUCGAAAGGAAGACCUGAAGCUUCCAGAACCCGUGUUUCUUCAGAUCGAAAGGGAGGUCUCUGUUCCCCUCGAUGUCGAAGCGGCCAUCUUGCAACAAGCAAUGGAUUCUCCAUUCGGAUCCCUGAGUAUCCCCUACGGACUGAACCAGUACCUUCACUCACCCGAAUUCCAAUCCCUCGUUGAUGCGGCGCAGGCCACUUACGUAUUGGAGACCUUGCAAAGGGCCCGGAAAGCACUCGUUCACAACAACAAUCAAUCCACAAGCACCGACACCCGCCCCAUCAAGGGUGUAGUGUAUUCCUCUUCAAACAAGGAUCUCUUGUCGGUGGCCGAUCAAAUUCUCCGAGCAGUAGCCCCCGAAAGCGUCGCCGAGCUCUACGGAAACUCUACCAUCGCAGACAUGAGCUCCGAGCUGGAGCGCUUCCGCCACGGGAAUCGGAUGUACCGUACCUGUCCCGUCUGUGGGGGCGAGAACGCGACUACCGACCUUCGCUGCCGCAGGAUCUUGAUGGAGGUGGUGUCUUCUGUUACAGGGGAGCGAUUCCUGAUCGAACCGGAGCGGGUCCUGUCCACCAGGAACGUUUCCCUUGUGCGGCUCCAGGGCGAGCCUUUGAAGAACUACCCAGCGAACAGGAAGUUUUGGAGGGUCCGCGACUUGCUGGAGGUUGAUGUUCGGGGCUGCCAUCCGCUCCUGUCGGAACGCAAGCCCCACGGGGUAUGGGACGGGUACGGUGCCGAAAAAUGUCGGAAGAAGGCCCUGGCACAUCGCUACGAGGGCAGAGACUGGUUCUUCGGUCCGCUGCCCGAUGUAUCCCCCGACGCCGACCAUUCCCAGCCUGUACCGAUGGAAGUGAUUCUGAAGAAAUGGCAGCGGUGCGGUGACUUUCACAACAAGAGUUGGUACGCCGGCCCCGGGCUCGCAGAUUCACCGGUGAUGCGGAGGAAGGAAGACGUAUUUUUGUUGUGCCUAGAUGCGGACCUGGGCCACGGGUUGGACCUUAGUUUCGUGACCCACAUUUUUCUGCUCGAGCCCAUCAACGAUGCGGCGCUGCUGGAGCAGGUCACAUCCCGCGCCCAUCGCCUUGGAGCCACGGGCCCGGUGAGCAUCGAAACGAUCAACACAUUCUACAAGUGUUCGGACGAGUUCCAAAAACGAGUCGAUGGUUCGAUGGUUCUGAAUCAGAACAAGGAGCAAGGCGGUUCGCAGAGCAGCAGUGGGAAAAGCGAUAGGCACAACGACCAGCUGUCGCUGCUCCACAAUGCCCACCGAAAGGCCUCCCUUACGAGGGUCGUCUGCCACCACUGCUACCGACAGUUUGACUCCUACGCAGAGGCCGAGGAUCACGAAAAGAGGCUCUGUCUUCGGAACCCAAAAAACGCCGCCGUCGCCGACAAAUUCCAUCUCUCCUCCGUCUAUAAAGAGAUUCGACCUCCCCUCCCGAUGGAAUCCUCUUCCAUUACGGAAGGAUGCAUCGAUGCCUCGUGAAAUCCUUCCGAACGAAAGGGAUGACGAUGUUUUCAGUUUGCAGGGUUCUAGUUUGGUGCGUUGUAUUCUCAAAAUACUGUAGACUUAGGGGCCAGUUUGGCAGAAUUUGCGAUGCUACCAUCAGAAAUUCGUUACCAUCAAGCAAUCGAAGAGUGCCAGUAGCUAGUCUUGCUUAGAUUUAUAAAGUUGUUUUUCAGUG